GUGUGAGUGUGUGUGUGUGAGUGUGAGUGUGUGUGUGUGUGUCGUCAGUGUUUCAGUAGGUGGGUCGUGUCUGUAUGUACAGGUGGAGCUCGAGGAGCCACUUCCUGUCACAGAGCAGAUCUCGAUCUUCACUGAAGUGUCACACACACACUCGUUCGUCUCGAACCUGCGGCCCAUCAGACGACAGACAGACAAACAGACGGAGGGAUAAUGAUGGCGUGGAGAGGAGCGUCAGCCGUGGUCAUCCUGCUGUCCAUCUCACCUGUGUCAGCUUUUUCGUUUUACGACCCUAAUCUCUGUUAUAUCCUGGAUGCGCUUUUUCUGCUGUACGGCGUCAUCAUCACUGCCUUCUUCGUGCGCGAGCGAGUGAAUCAUCAAAAUUAUGACAGUGUCAGCUGUGAUGAUGAUGAUGAUGAUGAUGAUGGUUUGUUUCAGCCUCUGCAGAAAAAGAGUGACGACACGUACCGAGAGAUCGAGACGAAGCCAGGCCGGCGCCGCACUGAUCAGGUUUAUCAGGGUUUGAGCUCCGUGACUAAAGACACGUAUGAUUCUCUGCACAUGCAGCAGAUUCACCCGCCGCCGCGCUAAACGCUGAUGCUCCACCGUCAGCAUCUCAGUCCACAUUCAUUAUUCAUUCCUGCUCUUGCUUCGUAAACCUUCCAGGUGUUUCUGUUCCUACAGACUCCGGAGAUUAUUCAGUGUUUUCACAGUGACUGUGCUCAGCGUUUCUCCACUUUGUGAAUUAUAGACUUUCAUAAUGAGCUCACAUCACACAUGUACAGUAGAGUCAGAAGAAAAAUCGAUAUUAAACCGAACCUGAUUGAAGAACGAACGCUUAACUCUCUGGUAUUGUUCAUUCGGGAGUCACACUUGUGUUGUUCGCCGGUCAAAACAGACCGGAGGUCAUAAUCGUGUGCAAAUUUAAUUUUUUGUGAAGAUUUCAUUUCAAUAAUGAUUUUUUUUAAUAUUUAGCA